AUGGGCAGGUUCAUGAUCCAUGUGGCCACUUGGGACUAGCUCUUGGUGGGCUCCAAGGAACAGGUGCAUCUGAGCUUGGUUGGUGAGCACCAGGAGGCCAACAUGGAGAAGCAGCUGCAGCCAGUGUGGGGCAAGGAGUUUGAAGUCAGUGUCCUGCUGCACCUGCAGCGCCUCCUGCUGGUGAAGCUGUUCCAGCACAAAAGCCUGGUGAACUUGGACUGGUUCUGCAAGUGGUUUAUGGUGCAGGGCCCAGGCAUCAAAGGCAAAGCCUAUUUCCCAGUGUGUGAAGCUGAGUUCUCCCUGCUGGGUGUCAAGCCCAAUGUUACCCUUUCCAAGCAGCAGUAUGUAGCAGCUCCUCUGGUCGUGCUGAAGCUUGAGUCUGAUGCCUAUAUCUCUUUUCUGCUCUAGCUCCAGCCACCUGGCCAUGAAUGUCCCCCACCCACUCUGCUCUUCCUGCCCUUGUAUGCCCACAUGGUUUCGAUUCUGGCCAAGGUCUGGGUCCAGAGCUCUGAUUUCCAGCUGCAUCACUUACAGUCAUACCUGCUGAAGGAGCAUCUGCUGACUGAUGUGAUUUCUGUGGCCACCAGGAGGAGCCUGCCCAGCCUGCAUUCUAUCUACAAGCUCCGAAUUCCUCAUUUUUGUUAUGCCAUGGAGAUCUAUGCCCUUGCAUGGAAUAAUCUUAUCGCUGAAUGGAGUAUUUUUGACCUGGGUUUUCUUCAAGUGGUGAGCACUGGUAGUGGAGGCCACUUGGAUGUACUGAAGAGAGCCACUGCUUGUUUGACCUAUUGCUCUGACUUCCCUCCUGAUGUCCACCAACGUGGCCUUCUGCAUGUGAAAUCAUCUUUCUACUGCCAAGAUGCUCUCAAGUUUUGGGGAAUCAUCAGAGAUAAUCUUUUUUACAAGAGUGAUGAAGCUGUCAAACAUGACCCACAGCUUCACGUCUGGUAUGAAGAGAUCACUGAGAUUGAACUACAGGGGGCCCAUGACCAGGGCUUCCCCACCUCCUUAGAGGCCCCAAAUAAGCACUCAUUUGCCACCAUGUACCUCUUCACCUGCGCUGGUCAGCAUGCUUCUGCCCACCUACGCUAGCUGGACUGGUCCUCCUAUCCUUACUGGCCAAGCACCAUGCAGAAGCCACCAUCCAUCUCCAAGGAAGUGACAGAGAAAGAUAUUGUGGACUCGCUGCCCACUCUCCAGCAGGCUCGGAUACAAAAGACCUUCACCGAGUUCCUUGGGCAAUGCCAGCCUGUCACGUUGGCCCUGGGGCAGCACAAGAAGGAAUAUUUCUCAGGCUUUGCUUCCCAGGCUGUGCUGAAGCAGUUCCAGGAGGAGUUGGCUGCUCUGGAUAAGGGUAUUGAGGUCUGGAAUGUGGGCCUGAACCUGCCUUAUGAGUAUCUUUGGCCCAGUGUUGUGGAGAGCAGUGUGACCAUUGAGCAGCCUUGCCCGCCUCUGCCUCCAGAGCUCUUCUGUCCUUAA